AUGAGAUCCCCCACCAGCUUUUGUCGCAAAACGACCUUGACCAAGCAUCAAAACAAGACACACCCGUCCGGAACCAUAACUCGACCGCCAUCGGAGGAUACGAUCUCGGAGCAUUCCUACCAGACGCCCAUCAGCACGUCCGGCCCGAACGAUCACUAUCUUCUUACCCAGCAACCUUACUAUCCCCAUUCGUCCACACCCACGCAUGACUUCUACCACCAUCAAAAUGUACCGAUGACGCCGGUUGCCAUGCAAGAGGGGCCACCAAUUGUCGCCCAUAGCGUGCCAGUCUCGUCGCCGGUAGAGAUGCAGCAUGCGCAGCAACAGUACAUGCGGCAGCUCAUGCAACAACGAUACGCACAGGGUCGUCCUGGGUACGUACCGCCAGAAUUCCAACAACACUUUGCGGGCGUACCGGCGGUGGAGAGCCAACCGCUCGUGGUCACAUAUCCUCCGAAUAUCCAAUUCAAGCAGGAAGAAACGCGGCUACUGGAUCAACCCGAAGGAACUGACUGGGGCUUUCUAGGGGUCGGCUGA